ACAAGUAUGCACAGGGAGUGGACUGACGACUCAAACCAUCUGAUAGAAUCAAGUGUUUUUUCCAUCACGUCAUCAAAUCGGAUCAAGUAUACUGACACAUCAAAAAAUGGUGCACCACAACGAGUGUACCAGACGUCAUGGUCUAUGAACAAAAAUACGAAAGUGGGUGAACGAGUUAGUUUUACAUGGAAGUUGCCUGUUGAUUUGGGUUUCGGGUAUCUUAUCAGACUGCAUUUUUGUGAGCUUGACUAUGAGGUGAAGGAGAGUGGGCAAAAAGAGUUUAGUAUUCUAAUAAACAAUCAAAUCGUUGAGCCUAGAGGAGACUUGAUCAGGUGGGGCGGUGAGAUUGGAGUUGCAAUCUAUAAAGAUUACUUGGUGACAGUAAGAGGAGACAGAAUGAUGGGCAAGAAAGAUAUACGUGUAGCUUUGUACCCUGGUAACGAGGAUCAAUCAACUGAAUUUAUUGAUGCAGUUCUCAAGGGAAUCGAGGUUUUUAAACUGAGUAAUCCGGAUGACAAUCUUGCUGGGGUGAAUCCAGUCAUUUCCCAUCCUCAUGCUCCGAUUAACCAUAUACUUAAAAUGCCGACUACAACAGGUAGAAAUUACAUUACAACUCUGGUUAUAAUUGUGAUUACUCUUCUCAAUGUCAUCGUUUAUCAAAUUUGUGAAUGGAGAGAGAAAAUUUGGAGUAAAAACAUUUCGCCAUCACUAACAGAUGGAGAAUUCUGUCGUAGAUUUUCAUUUGGUGAGAUCUUAUCCGCAACCAACAACUUUGAUAAAGAAUUAGAGAUUGGACAUGGGGGCUUCGGUAAGGUCUACAAAGGAGUUAUUGAUGGCAAGACGGAAACAGUUGCAAUUAAAAGGUUAAGCUCUGAAUCUAAGCAGGGAGAGAAAGAAUUUAGGUCAGAAAUUGAUAUUCUUUCCAAGCUUCGACACAAACACCUUGUCUCUCUGAUAGGAUACUGCAACAAGGGUCGUGAGAUGAUUCUUGUUUACGAGUACAUGGAGCAUGGAACUCUCGCAGAUCAUCUUCACAAGAAAAAUCGUGAUGGUAGUAGCAAUGGAGAAGUGACUCCUCUUUCUUGGGAGCAAAGGCUCAAUGUAUGCUUGGGUGCUGCUCGCGGGUUAGAUUACCUGCACACCAAUAGUGAUCAGGACACCAUACAUCGAGAUGUCAAGAGCGAAAACAUUUUGUUGGAUAGGGAUUGGGUUGCCAAAAUUGCAGACUUUGGCAUAUGCAAAGUGGGAACUGCGAUCGAUACUCCCACCCAUAUCAGUACCGAUGUAAAGGGGACUAUUGGUUACCUAGAUCCCCAGUAUUUCUUGACCCGUAGGUUAACCAAAAAAUCUGAUGUUUAUGCGUUCGGUGUGGUUUUGUGGGAAGCAUUAUGUGGGAGGCCAGCCGUUGAUACUAGAUUAGACGGGGAACAGCGCAGCCUCGUUUUGUGGGUUCAAAACUGCUUCAAGGUAGGAAUAGUUGACUCUAUCAUUGAUUCCAGUUUGAGGGGACAAAUAUCAACUCCUUCCCUCAAAUUGUACCUUAAUCUUGCAAACCUAUGCUUGCAUAACCAGGCUAUUGAACGACCUACAAUGGCUGAAGUCACACAUGGCCUUGAAUCUGUAUUAGCGGCGGCUUCUGCAAUAUCUCAAGGUUCAAUCUCUUCAACCUCUUCUGGGCCAUUGCAACUGGAUGAUAAUAAAAUGCAGCAAAAGAAGAAGAUGACCAAGCAUGGCAACGUCUUCCAAAGGAGUUUCCAAUCUUUAGUUAGAAGAAUAGAUAUUCGACUGAGAAAGAGCAGUGAAAACACCAGUGUUAUGGAAUUGGAGCCUCGUCUAGAGAAUGCGCUUCUAUCCUUCCGUCGUUUUUCUCUUGCUGAGGUUACAAGGGCAACACACAACUUCAGUAAUGUUAUUGGAAGAGGUUGUUUUGGAAAAUGUUACCAAGGAAUGAUUGAUUAUGGAACCACCUUGGUUGCAAUCAAAGAGAAAGAGAUAAGGUUGCCAUGGGUAAAUGAAAUCUUGAUUAUGUCAAGAAUUAAUCAUCAUCGUAACAUGGUCAAUUUAAUUGGGUACUGCAAUGAGGAAGGCAGAAUGUUGGUUGUGUUGGAAUAUAUGAGUAACGGGUCCCUAAGUGAUCAUAUCCAUGAUAAGAAGAAGAAUCGUCUCCCAUGGAAAAGGAGGCUGGAGAUAUGCAUUGGUGUUGCCCAGGGAUUACGCCACCUUCAUUCUGAGAUGUCGCACGAAAGAGUGAUCCAUCGCGAUGUGAAGCCGGGUAAUAUCCUGCUAGACAGUAGUUGGGUCGCAAAGGUUUCAGACUUUGAGUUGGCAUCGGCAGCAUUGGGAUCCUCAACCCAUGUCACCACGGCGGUACGUGGUACCAUUGGCUACCUAGACCCAAAUUACCUCACGACCGGCCAUCUUACACUGAAAUCCGAUGUCUACUCUUUUGGUGUGGUAUUGCUGGAGGUACUUUGUGCCAGGGAACCUUAUGAUUUGUUUCGUUUAGACGAAGAAAAUGAAGAUGUCUUUGUAGUAGACUACAUAAGAAACAUCAUCCAAGAGAAUAGAAUAGACGAUGCCAUGGACCAGUGUCUAGUGGGAAAGAUUGCUCCGGAGUGCUUGAUUCAGUACUUGCGGAUUGUGAUGAAUUGCGUGAAUGGUAGGGAAAUAUAUAGGCCAUCAAUGGAGGCAGUGGUGUCGGGCCUGAGUAACGUACUAGAGUUACAAGAGAGAUGGGAGUUAGACGCGGUUGUAGCAGCAGAUCCACCUUCUGGGGCGGCGUCAGAAGAAUGGUUCAGCAACAUGAUGGCCAUUGAGCGGUCCAGCAAGAAGAACACGGUGGCACACGAUGAUGAUGAUCUUGCCAAUUUCUCUCAGGAUGUGUCCGAAACAGAAUGGAUCGCCACUUUCUAG